CGCGUCGCCUCGGCGGCACUCGGGCCGCAGCCCGGCCGGCAUGGAGUGAGCCGCGCAGCCCCGCUCCCCGGCCAUGGAGCUGAGGAGGUCCAUCUCGGCCAGCGCAGAGGCCGAGAGACCGAUGAGGCGCUACGGGGCAGUGGAGGAGACGGAGUGGAAGGCGGAGGCGCUGGGGAGAAAUCAGCUUGACAUCGUUUCAAUGGCUGAAACAACAAUGAUGCCUGAGGAAAUUGAGCUUGAGAUGGCAAAGAUCCAGAGGCUUCGGGAAGUCUUAGUCAGAAGAGAAUCAGAACUCAGGUUUAUGAUGGAUGACAUCCAGCUGUGCAAAGACAUUAUGAACCUUAAGAAAGAGCUGCAGAGUUUGGUAGCAAUCCCAGAAAAAGAAAAAACAAAGAUGGAGAAACAAAGAGAGGAUGAAUUGAUUCAGAAGAUCCACAGACUGGUUCAAAAGAGAGAUUUUCUUGUAGACGAUGCAGAGGUGGAGAGAUUACGAGAGAAAGAAGAAGACAAAGAGAUGGCUGAAUUCCUUCGCACCAAGUUAAAACCCUUAGACAAAGCAACACAAUCUCCUACCAGCAGCCCAGCAGAAAAGAAGGCAGAACCUCCUCCAAGCAAGCCCACCAUUGCCAAAGCAGGAUUGGCUAUUAUUAAAGAUUGUUGUGGGGCCACACAAUGCAACAUCAUGUAGCUCUGGGCUCUCUACCAUGUUUGUCUUUUCAAAUGUUUUCAUUGAAUGAAACUGUGGGGUGAGGGGGACUAACAGGGUCCUGCUAAUGGAAUCAAGAGCACCUGGUACAACAGUAACAUAUGGAAUGUACAAUGGCAGGUUCUUCACUGUUGCAUGGAUCACUCAACACGCAUGCCUAAAAACAAAAGAAAUCUAUAUAGUGGCUGUCCAGUGACCAGAAAAGAGCUGUAGUAGAGUCAACAAAAACAGCCCAGUGAUAAAAGUAAAUGAAAAGAGGGUUUAUUUCAUAUAGUAAGGUGUAAAACAGCAAUUUUAGUAGGCCAUGACUUCAUAAGAAUUUGCUGUACACUUUUCCCCCAUGACAAACAGCCUUCAAAUUGCUGAAAUACCCCAUUUUGGCCACUUUUCAAAACAAAAGCCACAACUAGCAACGCUGUAUAUAGUGCAACUGAUAGAUGGAGCACUUUCAGGAUAACUGAUGUUGCAUACAAGAUACUUAUCGAACUAA